GAGCCACUUCCGGCGCGCCGGGCCGCCGGUGCCGACUGCGGGUCCGCUUCCCGGGGUCGGUGGUCGCUGCGGGCCCGAGAGCCUGGGGACUGGGGGAGGGGCGGCUGCUCAUGCCGGUGCCGACUGCGGGUCCGCUUCCCGGGUCGACCCCCAGCGGACGCCAGCCAGCCAGCCAGCCAUGGAGGACAAGCCGAUGGUGGUGUCCAAACAGAAGACGGACGUGGUGUGCGGGGUCCCCACGCAGGUGGUCUGCACCGCCUUCGCCAGCCACAUCCUGGUGGUCGUGACCCAGUUCGGGAAGAUGGGCACGCUGGUCAGCCUGGAGCCCAGCAGCGUGGCCGGCGACCUCAGCAGGCCCGUGGUCUCCACGAGGGUCCUCCUCGGGCAGGACGAGCCUCUCAUCCACGUCUUCGCGAAGAACCUGGUGGCGUUCGUGUCUCAGGAGGCCGGGAACAGGGCCGUGCUGCUCGCCGUGGCCGUGAAAGACAAGAGCUUGGCGGGGCUGCAGGCCCUGAAGGCGCUGAUCCGGCUCUGCCAGGUGUGGUGACCCCGGCUGCGCUGCGGUGGCUUGGACGCUGAACGGGGCGGAGGGCGGGCCCUUGCCCUGGCUGCGGACCCGGCCCGGGCGCAGGGCCGGCCUGGCGCUGGCCCCUCCCGCCGGGUGCCCAGGCGCGAGGGCUGGCGCCGGACUGCCCACAGGAUAUUUUUCUAAAUUAAAAGUAAACACUUCCCAACGUG